UUGAAACCUGUGCUUCAGGUGUUAUCCGAUGCUAUCAGAGUCUCGAGGAUGCCGUGAGACCACGAGUGGCGUGAUGAGAAGUUUCACGUUGCUUUUGGAGAGUUGUAAACGCAACUUGAGCGUUCAGGAUGUCUCAGGAACUCUGCAAUGGAUUUUGCUCUAAAAUCUGCAUAGGGGUUGAUAAUUCUCACGUUCAUAGAAGGAGCUCUUUCUUGAUGCUGGAGAUACGCAAAUCUGAAGGCUUAUUCAUGAUGUAUCGAGACUUAUGGAUGGAAUAUGUGAUAUAAAGAAGACUCAGUGGAUUUUCUGAAGUUGCAUAGUGAUCGCCACGACAAAUGUGAAGAUAUUUAUCAAGCAUGUAAAGAGAUAAAUGGACAACGAUCAACACGUUGAUUUUUCAGGGUAAUGGAUUCAGACAGCGAGUGUUUUUCUGACAAUUUCACUUGUAAUCGCAAUAUUAUAAAGACUGACAUACUGAAUAGUUACAAUCUUUGCUUUAUGAGUAGCCUACAGAAAUGGCUGUCAAAUACUCUUGCACAAUUCACAAUAAUGCGCUGACUUGAUUGGUUUAUUAGAUAAAGUUGAGGAUCAUUGAAGGUCUUCUGCUCAUCAGUAGAUGAUUGACACGUCAACAAGUGACUGAGUGGUCCGUGCAAUAUCAGAAUGCUCAUACUGGUAUGAGAGCUGGUCCUGUGGGUUUACAUUCGACCCUCUGUGCUUCCUUCUUUUCCUGCCCGGCUUCUCGCUGUCCACAUGCAGGCGAAGAAGCGAUACCUGCUGGUAUCUGUGGGGGCCUGUAGCCUGCUACUAGCCUACCUGUGUGGCCUACAGAUCGGCGAGUUCCAGAACCACGCAGAGCUUUACGGAGUCUCACAGAUCCCUGGUGUCCCACCUCGUCCGCCUCGCUGGCCAGAAUGGCUUGAUCCUCCGCUGCAGACGUACCUGGGUGAGGCAGAGCAGGAAGAGGACGGGCCGCUGCUUCUUCAUCAACACACGUCUCCUCGCGAGAGGCGGGAAAUCCAGAAGAACAUCUACAAGAGCCGGCGAUGUCGAAUGGACACCUGUUUCGACUUCCAGCGCUGCGAACGGGGCUUUAAAAUCUACGUUUACCCCCCUCAGAAAGGUGAAGCACCCUCGGAAAGCUACCAGAAGAUUCUGGCAGCCAUCGAGGAAUCGCGGUUCCACACGACAGACCCUAACCAGGCCUGUCUUUUCGUACUGAGUAUAGACACUCUAGACAGGGACCAGCUGUCCGCUCAGUAUGUACACAAUGUCCGAGCCCGAAUUCAAAGCCUCCCGCUGUGGUACGAAGGGAGGAACCAUCUGAUUUUUAACUUGUACUCUGGAACGUGGCCUGAUUACACGGAGGAACUAGGCUUCGAUAUCGGCCAAGCCAUGUUGGCCAAGGCCAGCACCGACAUGGACAACUUCAGACCACACUUUGAUGUGUCCAUCCCUCUGUUUUCAAAAGACCAUCCUCAGAAAGGAGGGGGAAAAGGUUUUCUGAAUCUUAACAAUGUCCCUCCUUUACGGAAAUACUUGCUGGUCUUCAAGGGGAAGAGGUAUCUAACCGGCAUUGGUUCUGAAACCAGAAAUGCUCUGCAUCAUAUACAUAAUGGGGAUGAUAUCAUUUUAUUGACUACAUGCAAACAUGGGAAAGACUGGGAGAAACAUAAGGAUGCAAGGUGCGACAGAGACAAUGAAGAAUACACAAAGUAAGUCUGACACUUUCCUGUUUUAUUUCUUUUUCACGCUGGUGUAAGGACUGGAGCUUGUCUUUAAAGGAAUAUUUCAUAAAGAUUUCCCAAACCUGUAGGAUUUUGUUUCUUUAUCUUUUUUUUGACCAUACAAUGAAAGUCAGCAGUUGAAACAGUCAUUCUUAUGAAAAAUGUCUUAUUUUGUGUUACACACAUUCCAGGUUUGGAAUAUCAUUCACCAGAGGAGUAAAUAUAUUUUGAACUAUUCCUUUCCUUCCUUUCCUACAAUCUCAUUCAAGCCAAUGAGGUGCAGAUUGUUGUUUGCUCGAUUUCCCCUCAGUUUUGGCUUUACUUUUAUGUUUGGUCAUUUAAAGGUGAACCUGAGUAAACGGCAUUGAGGGUCGAAAGCAAAAUGGCAGUGUUUAAUGUCAGUGUGAUUUAGACUGUUGCUUGUUUUGUACUCUAGACUGUAGUGUUCAUGUAGUUAUCAUGGGAAUACAGCUAUAAAUGGAAGUGGUGUUGCAUUUGUCUAGCUCAGGAAAAAAGUGCUGUGGAAAAGGACUCUAGAGGACUCUUACCCUGAAACAAAGCCAGUCUUAAUCUUUUUGUGACAAAUA